AAGCGUACUAGUAUGUAUACUACAACUUAUAUUAAUUAUCCUUGUGACAUGCGUGAAAACGGAAACAGUCAACCCACUUUUUUCAGGCGGGAUCUUGUGACAGUUGUAGUCUCACAAUGGCAAACAAUUUAACAGAGGAACAAAUAGGAGAAUUCAAGGAAGCCUUCAGUUUAUUUGACAAGGACGGUGAUGGUACGAUAACAACAAAGGAACUAGGAACAGUUAUGAGGUCCUUAGGACAGAAUCCAACAGAUGCUGAACUACAAGAUAUGAUAAAUGAAGUGGAUGCUGAUGGAAACGGAACAAUAGAUUUCCCAGAGUUUUUAACAAUGAUGGCUAAGAAAAUGCAGGACACUGAUUCAGAGGAAGAAAUAAGAGAGGCUUUUAAAGUAUUUGACAAAGAUGGUAAUGGCUCUAUAAGUGCCGCUGAACUCCGCCAUGUUAUGACAAAUUUGGGAGAAAAAUUGUCCGACGAGGAAGUGGACGAGAUGAUACGAGAGGCUGAUUUAGAUGGGGACGGGGAAAUCAAUUACGAAGAGUUUGUAAAGAUGAUGUCAGGCAAUAAAACAUGAUAUGGUAUCAAGAACAGACGAAAAGGCGCUUUGAACUAUAUUUUAUUCAAAUGACUAAAGUAAAAUUGUUUUGUGAAAAUAUUGUGUAUGGAUUUUGGAGACAUAUUAAAUAAUAAGGAAAACUGU